AUGGCCCAAUUCCUGGAACACCAAGAGUCACCAGCGAAAAAGAUCAAAACAAGAAGUGGCAAGAAGAAGAAGGUAGCUGGCCGUUUUGAUAUACCUGCAAUGUUAGAUGUCAUUGGCGAGCUGAUUACCACCUUUGUCUACGACUCGGCUACCAACCUUGGAUAUAAGACUGCUCUCGAAGAUAUCACAGGUCAACUUGGCACCGUAGCUUUACAGAAAUGGACCAGUAGACUUGCCAACCUGAAAAGUAUGAGCCUGUACGACGGGUCUGUUUUAGAUGGGACGGUGGCUGAGUCAAUAUUCAACCAGUGUCCAAAUUUCGACGAUCUUACUUUCCUGUACUCUUUACCUAGAGAAGGGAUCGACCAACGGCUGUCUUCAUUCUUUAAUGGUUUGAAGCCAAACAGUCUUCGAUCGUUAUCUGUGCUGAGUGCAAAUGAAAUCGGCCCAGAAACGUUGUUGGCUCUGAACCACCACUCAAACUCCUUAAGGUCUCUGACUUUGGACGGCCUGAGAUCAGAUGUCAUUAAAAAUCUUUCCCUUCUUCAAGGCUGUGAUCAGCUAGAGUGUUUAGACAUUCACGAUCAGGAUGGCGUGGUCGAUCUGGAGGCCACUGAAAAUGAUGUGUUCCUUGAGCUUGUCGCAUGGCUAGGCCGCUGCGCCGAGUUGCGGAAACUCAAACUUGUCUCUGUAGUCAGCGCCCCUAGUAUUUUAACAUCAGUCUGCUUGAUGAACAACAUUCGUCUCCAUAGUCUUGAGAUUCACGGUUAUACACUUUUUGGCAAUCAGGAUUUUCAUAGGGCAAUUUCGCACCAAACUUCACUUGAAGUUUUAAAUCUUAGGGCGAAUCCAGAGGAUUCUUCACGAGAUGAUAUCGAGUGCCUAGUGGACUCCAUUUGUUGUCUGCAGAAGCUGAAGGAGUUACGCCUAGCACCAGAUACUGCUGAUUACUUUCAAACUGGCGCAAUAGCAAAGCUCGCAUCGCACUUACCAAACCUUGAAAACUUUUCAAUCUGUGGAUUCGACAUUGAUGAUGGAAUUUGGACGUCAAUAGCAGGACUUGGUCAUUUGAAAAUGCUCAGUAUAUUUGGACUGUCCAGCUUUACCGAGCCUGGCAUUCUUUGGUACAUUACAAAAUUGAAGGUCAACAACCGUGGUCUUGUCCUAGCGAUUCAAGCGCAAGAUCCUAUUAAAGCCUUGACUGCCGAUGAAAUUGUUUCCAUACAAUCAGCUCUCACUGCGAAGGUGGAUGGGAAACUGGAAUACCAGCUACACAGGGAGGCUAGCUCAUCUGAGGAGGAAUUUUCGGACUAA